CCAGGGUGCAUUUCGUGCAGGUAUUCCACACCAGGGUGACGUCACCUGUCACGUGAUCAUUAGGCAGCAAGAAAUGGAGGAUCGGCUCCCAAGAAAUUUCGUCGUGAAAAAUUCUCCACUUACUCUUCCUUUCCACCCAGCCCCAAACAAAAAUAUUUCUCUCUACAUCCUGUAAUGUACCCAGGGCACAAAUUGGUUGCCAAAAUGAAGCUGACCGAUGGGACUCUGCGUAGUUUUAAGGUGGCGAAAGUGUUCAGGGAGAAUAGCGACCGUAUCAACAGCUUGGACUUCGCCCCAAGCGGAGAGACACUAAUAUCCAGCUCGGAUGAUGACUCUAUCGUUAUAUACGACUGUCAGGAGGGAAAACCCAAGAGAACAUUGUACAGUAAGAAGUAUGGGGUUGAUCUCAUCAGAUUCACACAUGCAGCCAACACAGUCAUUUACAGCUCGAACAAGAUUGAUGACACCAUCAGAUAUCUGUCUUUGCAUGACAACAAGUAUAUCAGAUAUUUCCCAGGCCACACCAAGAAAGUGGUUGCCCUGUGCAUGUCUCCCAUUGAUGACACCUUCAUGUCAGGCUCCUUAGACAAGACAAUCAGACUGUGGGACCUGAGAUCACCUAACUGUCAGGGUUUGAUGCACGUCCCCGGCAGACCUGUGUGCAACUUUGAUCCGGAGGGUCUGAUCUUUGCAGCUGGGAUCAACUCUGAGAUGAUCAAGCUGUAUGAUCUACGAUCCUUCGACAAGGGUCCCUUCACAACAUUCCGACUGCAGCAGGAUAAAGACUGUGACUGGACAGGCCUGAAGUUUAGUAACGACGGGAAGCUUAUCCUCAUCUCCACCAAUGGGACAGUCAUCCGGCUGAUCGAUGCCUUCAGCGGCACACCCCUGCAGCAGUUCAUGGGCCAUACCAACCUGAAGGGUCUGUCUAUCGAGGCAUCGUUUACACCAGAUUCUAGAUACACCAUUGUUGGUUCCCAGGAUGGUAAGAUCCAUGUGUGGAACAACGAGAACGGCAGUAAGACUAUUGUUCUGGAUGCCAAACACCCCGGGCCUGUACAGUGUGUGCAGUUCAACCCCAAGUUCAUGAUGAUGGGCAGUGCAUGCACUAACAUGGCAUUUUGGCUUCCAAGCACUGAUGACUGAGAUGGAAACUGGUGAUUUAGACGUUCUUGCCAAGAGCUUCUCACAUAGAUACUAUCUAUAGUGUCGUCUGUCUCAUAUGUAAUACAUGUAUGUUGUAAAACAAUAAGCUAUGUAUAACAUACUCCAGACUUUGAGGGUUAUGUUAGUGACCCUUGUUGUUUCAAUGUAAACGUUGCACUGGAAUGUCUCCACUAGCCAUGUAUGAGUCUGAGAAAUGUGCAGUAUUAUUGCAACAUGCUAAAGACACGUAAUAGUUCAGAAAAUUUCUGGAAAAAAAAAGAUUUAGGCUUCUCAGUUUGUGUAUAGAAACCUUAUUUGUUUACAGAUUCUACAAUUUUUCUUUUACAAACUCAGAUUAGUCAAAUAUUAAAAACAACUUUUAUGAAAAAUUUUUAAAUUGUCAAAAAUUACUUGUUAGUUACACAACUAAAAGAGUUUGAAAUAUUAGAAAACAUGUUGAAAAGAGAUGGUGUAAUAUUACUCAAGAUGUGCACAUUGUUUAACAUGCACGUACAUAUACAUGUAUAUCUCAACAUCAGUAAUGUGGAGCUUUCAGAAAUUCCUGUCCAGUUGAGAACUCAAUCAUGAUACCCAAGAUAGUGAUACAUGUAUGUGCUACAGCUAUUUACAAAAGAUAUGCUAUUUUAUACUUCAAGAUGUCAGAAACUGCGAUUGCACUCUGUAAGAAUCUUCAUCUGUUAGACAGAUUACAACCUGUGGACAUACAGGGGAGGAAGGUCAGGAGUGCUGAGAGAUUUUGUGGAAACGGGGUCCAAUAGUUCUGGUUCAUGUUUUUUAUAUAAAGUCAUAUGCUUCUAUCUUUAUAAUAUAUCAGUCACUACUACUUGUAGACUGUUGACAUAGCUUUUCAGUGUCAAGUUAUAUAAGAGGGUACCAUGUUUGCAGUUUGCAGUACUUGUUUGAGACAAGCUGUGUUCUAUGUGAUGCAUAUUGACCAUGUAUGACCUGAAGAGCACAGGGUUGUGUAGGAUUGGUAAAAAGAAUAUUGCUUCUGUGGCCUCUGUCCACAUUGCUAGGAAAAGUAAUGCGUUGAGUAAAGACCUGAGUAAAGAACAACUAAACAUACAAGGGAUAACAUCGAUUUCAGGGUAGUAGAUCUUAAUUAAGUGUCAGGCAAAUGUUUCUUUCGUAGUCAAGGUAAAUACACAGAAGCAUUUGGGGUAAAGUAUAAAAUCACACUAUUUAUGUAGCCUCUGGUGCCAGCACUACCUUGUUUUAAAAAGCACUGAUGCUGUUGAUCAGUAGUUGGGUGUACUUACUUACUCUUUGCUCCCGUUGGAGCUUAUGGUACUAGUUGGCAGUACUGUGCUGUAGUAAAAGUGGCAAAGACAUACAUACCACCACCCGAUGUAAAGGACCACCAGUCCAUGUAAGGAAGACACUGUUUCUGGUUUUGUGGCAAGCUUUUUCUUUUUUUAUUGGUGAAUGGUCCAUUAAUCUACUGGAUCCUUUGUCAAAAGAAGUGGUUAACGGCACAUAGAAAAAUCACUAAAAUUUUCAACAACUAUGGGCUAUAUAACUUUGAACUUACAUUGGUCACUCAGAAUUUUUCCUACUCACGUAAUUACUGUUUUGGACCACAAACCAUACACUUGGUACAAUGUGGAGUUAACAGUUGAAGGACUUGACAUCACGUAACAUUCCAAAAUGUCUUCCUUCGAACAUGGACAGAGUUGUGCUUAGGUUAAAAGUGGAGUUGACUUGUCUGUCAUGUCUAUAACAGGCAUUUCUGUAUGAUAGUAGCCAAUAUCAUUCAGGAACAGUACCGUCCAAGAAGACUAAGUUAUGUUUAUAUGGACAUGUUGAGAUGGGUGCUAUUGUAAGUCUUCCCAUGUAGGGUGGUUGUACUUCAAGAUCUGUGCUUGGAGAGACCAGACUGUGCAAAAACUUCAGUUUUGUUUCGGAAGUUUACUACACGUAUAAUGCAUUGUUUGUAACUGUUUGAAGACUAUUCUCCUUGAAGCCAUGUUAACUUUAUUGUUUACUGUUCAACAGGAAUCCUCAUUUACAGUUUUUUGUAAAUAAAUUUUGUAUUCAAAGAUUA